UUGACUGUUCAACUCAGAUUCCCUCUCCCCUAUAUAAACCACUCACAUUCAAAUACUCCUCCAUCAAGCUGCCUUCUACUUUCUCUCUAGAGCUAUACAUAUACAUAUAUACGUCAUAUACGCUCUCGGCGGAGUUUGGUUAGCUCGGAGCAUGAAGAUCGGCUUUCGUCAGGGUUGAAAGUUCGUUACCCUGCGAAUUUGAUUUUAUUUCUUCGUUUGGCUUUCUCUGUGUUUAACCGUACUUUCGGUCUAUGAUUUUCUGCUUUUAACUCUGCUUGAUUAAUAUUGGAAAUCUAGGUAUGCUUGUUUAAUUUGUUUCACUGAUUUUGGAAGUUUAGCUUUAAUUUCCGCUUAAAAUUUCGAUGUACUUGGGGGGAAUUUGGUGGAUAAUAUGCCGUGAUUAUUGAUGGAAAUCUAUGCAUAUACGAAUGUUUCUUAAGUUAGUAUCUGUUAUUUUCUUGCUGCUCUGUGAUUCUAAAUGCAAAUCAAGUUGUGUUUGUUUGGUUAACUUCUUGGAUUUUUGUUGUGGUUAUGUGCUGAGUUUUGCAUUUAAUAGAAUUAUGUAAAAAUGGUGCUAUAUUUGUGUUAAGGAAAACAAUUACUAUUAUGUUCUACUGCGAGGAGGAUAGUUUUCAGGAAACAGUCAAUAGCCUUUUGACCCGUGAAGGAUUUCAUUCUCUCAAUAUUAAGCUGGAUCAUGCAUUUUUACCUUUGUGCAUUGCUUGGUUAUGCGUUUGGGACUGAGUGAUGUAUAAUUUAUGCUUGUAGCCUUAUGGGAAUGCAAAUUUUAUUUUUGGCACUACUGAGAAUGGUUAUUAAGAUGUCGAAGUCUAGUAGGCUUCCUCCUCCUGAAUUAUACGAGUACUGAUCUUUUGUUGAUCUCCUACCAUAAGUUUUCUGCAUUUCAGUGCUUAGGGCAUGACAAGAGUUGUUUUGAAUUUUGUGUUAUAAUUGAUAUUAGAUGCCAAGGACUAUAUACCUUUGAAGUAAUGGUCAUAUUUUUGCUCCAGAGUUUUAGGGAAACGGGACUUAAAUCAUCGCUGCUAGAUUGGGUGGGAGUAAGGAUGUAAGGCACUAAGGCCUGGUUGGGUUUCUGUAACUAAAGUGGUGUUGAUAUGAUAUUAAAGGAUUCUAUAGUUUUCAUACUUAAGUGACGCUCAAACAUUUGGGAUUUUGUUCUAAUUGCUUUUUCUGAACUUGUCAUUGUUAAAAUGAUUCUUUAGUACCUUUUAUUUCUGUCCAAAAGGAAAUUUCUGAGAGAACUAUCCUUUUACUAAGGAUAAAAUUAAUUGUUCAUUUGUUCUGAAUAAAAAAUUUAACACAAGUUACUCUCACCAUAUGGUCUGAGUAGUAUGUUCAGUAAUUUUGUAGUAGGGCUGUGAUCUCUUAUUCAUUUGUAGGAAAAAAAUUACACUUGCUGAAUUCUUGUUAGUCUGAGCAUUUAUAUAUCCAGUACAAAGUGGAGUUACCCUGAAAUCAAAUGCUGGUUAAAAUAAAUACAAAAGUGAAGAUAUUUGUGCUUGAAACUAAAUGACUCCUAUUUGUCUUGUAAAGCUAUGCUUCGGGUAGCACCUGUACUUAGAUGCCCAGCUGUGGAUAUUUAUAUUUCUUAUGUGUCAGAACUCAGAACAAGAGCAAUUUUGCAUGAAUUUCUGAUUAAGCUUACCCAUUUCCAAUCUAACGGAAGACUAGGAGGUUUUUUUCGAUUAUUUCGAAGAGUAUUAAUGGCGGCCAAGCUGGCUAUAGUGUAUAGAUGGUUUCUUCAUUGGUGUUUGGCAUCCUUUAUUUCUCAUUUGUUCGGUCAUUGCUCACUGUGACAGGAGCACAUAGAUGAUGGCCUUAACUUUUUUGAGAUGAAAGCAUUAACUAGUUCUUGUGUGUUUCUGAUCUAAGAGUUUGCACUGUUCUCAGCUUUUGUAGAGGUUAUUUCAUUUUGGUAUGAUAAAAGUUUAGAUGCCCUAGACAAAGUGAUCAGUGUUUGUUCUUACUUUUUGUUGAACAGCUAUAACAAAGAAUCUGGACAUUCUCUUAUGAUUUGCUUUUGCAACUUAAUUCUUUAGAACUACAACUGAAAUUUUUAUGUAUGUGAACAACAAACAGCAUCUGUAACUCUUCUGAGUAAAAUUCGUAUGGAUGUGAACAACAAGAAACACCCAUAACUCUUUCACAUGAAACUCUCACGCAUGCAAAAACUAGAAGCAUCCACAUGUAGGAAAAAGUUUCGCAGAAAGUUAUAUGUGAAUUUGAUAGACAUUUCCUUCUGCCACAAAGGAAUAUGCUAUUCCAACCUCUUAGAAAAUAGAUAAGCAUAAGCAAUAAUCCAUGAGAGCAUAGAUUCUUCUAUUUUGGAAUGUGGCAUUUACAAAGAAUUUUGUGGGAGGUUUUCUCAUAUUGAAGAAGAGGUGGUGAAGAAUGCAGACAGAGGUUGGACUGUCUAUCAGUGAUGUUUGUUUAGAUGGACUUUUGACUUCUCCAACAAUCAAGUGCGUGCAAUGGUUAUUAUCCACUGCUGGAUGCUGAUAGAUUUUGUGUGGGGUUCAAAUAGAUUUGCAUGUUUUGAUGAAUUCUCCUCAAUGGAGUCUGGAGCAGUUCAAUCUUAGUUGGAAUUUGUUGGUGCUGAUAUGAUUUGGUCUUCUGCCAAGUUGUAACCCAUUUCCAGCUAUCACUUAAUAGUUAAUUUCAUCUGCAUGACUGCAUGAGACGAUGUCUGAACUAGCUGCUGAACAUUCUGGUGCCCCACGUCUUGAGCAAAUAACUUCACAAGUUGUGGAAAAAGAAGAGAAGACUGCUGGUUUUGGGGAGGCUUCUCAAGGAAGCAACAUGUACAGGGGAGAAUCAUUUCAGGAAAAUGUUAGUGGCACUGAAGCCCUUGAUAAAGGGUACAUGAAAUACGGCUGCUCUCAUUAUCAGCGAAGGUGCAAGAUUAGAGCUCCUUGCUGCAAUGAAAUAUUUGAUUGCCGGCAUUGUCAUAAUGAGGCAAAAAACAAUAUUGAUGUUGACAAAAACCUUAGACAUGACAUCCACCGUCAUCAAGUGAAAUGGGUAUGCUACUGUACUAGCUUAUUUCUGUUGCAGCUUUUCCCCUUUGUUAUCUUCCAUUGUAACAGAAAUAUGUCUUCUAUUUCAAUCUUGCAGGUUAUAUGCUCACUUUGUAGCACUGAACAAGAGGCUCAGCAAGUUUGCAUCAACUGCGGUGUUUGCAUGGGGAGAUACUUUUGUGAAACAUGCAAGCUAUUUGAUGACGAUACAUCUAAAAGACAGUAUCAUUGUGGUGGAUGUGGCAUUUGUCGAAUUGGCGGAGAGGAAAAUUUCUUCCACUGCUCUAAAUGUGGAUGUUGCUAUUCAAUCAUUUUGAAGAAUAGCCAUCCUUGUAUUGAAGGAGCAAUGCACCAUGACUGCCCUAUUUGUUUUGAGUAUCUGUUCGAGUCGAGAAAUGAUGUUACGGUCUUGCCUUGUGGCCACACUCUUCACAAGAACUGCUUAAAGGAGAUGCAGGAGCACUACCAAUACACUUGCCCCAUUUGUUCAAAAUCAGUAUGCGAUAUGUCAAAAGUGUGGGAGAAAUUCGAUGCCGAGAUUGCUGCAACACCUAUGCCAGAAUCUUACCGGAACGAGAAGGUUUGGAUUCUUUGCAAUGACUGUGGAACCACCUCAGAAGUUCAAUUUCAUAUCGUUGCUCGGAAGUGUCCUAGUUGCAUGUCUUACAACACACGCCAAACAAGAGGGAGAUAGAUAAAUAAUGUAUUAGAUGGGACUAAAAAGGGGAUUGCACCAACCGCAAGAUCUUUGCCAAUUCUCAUUCACUCGUAAAAUUGAUGGGAAGCACUGCAGUAAGGACUUGUCAACUGUCUCCUUCAAAUGGCGCUGUAAAAGACUAUUGUUUUCAAAAAAAAAAAAAGUUUGAGACUAUUUCUUCUAUGAUGCAAAUUUUCUUUUCCCCUAAACUCGUUCACUCGGAGUACGUAUUAGUUUUAGGCAUUUAGCUGAUAGACAAUUUCAAUUGAUUUAUCACAAUUUUUAUUCGUA